UAAAUAUAAUUGGAAUAGUUAUACUUUUGAUAAAUUAUUCAGUUGUAUAGUAGUAGUGUCCAACUUGCAAAGUUUAGCAUUAUUUGGGACGAUUCUUUCAAGUAAUCAACAAAUAAUAGUGGGAUUGAAAACUUUCUACCAAACAGAAUUACAUAG